UGCCUUGGAGUUCGGGUUUAGUUUCGGAUCCGGGACGGCGGUGUCCGGAUCCCUCCGUCGCCGGCCGGGCUCGACAGUGAUCCGCGGGGGAGGGAACGCAUCUUUGUUAGAAGCCGUCAAGCCAACGGCGUAUUCACGUGUCGACGGAUAUCGGGCCGUAAUCUGGGGCCCUCGAGCUGCUCUGACAUCUCUCUCUCUCUGCGUAUUUCAGUCCCGUUGUCCUCUGUUUCUCUCUCUCUCUCUCACUCACUCUUUCCGCCAUGGCUAGAGCUCGGCUGUUGCUCGUCCCUCUUCUCGUUCUUCUGUUCUUCUCCUUUGCUGCGGAGAGCCGCAUCGUCCGUACCAUAGUGACUGAUCUCGUCUCCGAUGGAUCUGAAGGACAGGGACCGCGCUACCACUUUUUGUUGCACCCCGCGAAAUCCACCGUGGCGGCCUCUUCCUGCGAGCAGACGUAUGGGUUCCUUCCUUGCACCACGACCAUCCUCGGGAACCUCUUCCUCCUCAUUGUCUACGGCUACCUCAUGUUCCUCGGUGCCAGGUACCUCUCCGAAGGCAGCGAGCUCCUUCUCCAGAUACUCGGUCCUGGCAUCGUCGGGGGCCUCUUCCUUCCGGUUCUCGGAGCGCUUCCGGAUGCAUUGCUGAUCCUAGUGUCUGGUCUUUCUGGAAGCAAGGAAACAGCUCAAGAUCAAGUGCUAAUUGGGAUGGGCUUGCUUGCUGGUUCAACUGUGAUGUUGCUUACCGUACUUUGGGGCUCAUGUAUUGUGGUAGGAAAAAGUGAUUUUUCAGAUGCGACAGCUGGAACAGAUGGGCGAGGUUCAAAAAGAUGUGAUCUGUCAGGCUCUGGAGUUACUACUGACAAGGCUACCAGUAUUGCUGCAAGAAUCAUGGUUUUCUCAGUGAUCCCUUUUGUCAUUGUGCAGCUUCCUCAGGCUAUUAACCAUAGCUCGUGGUCCAGCAUUGCCAUCAUGAUUUCCCUUAUUGCAGCUGUUGUAAUGUUAAUCUCCUAUUGCGUUUAUCAGGUCGUUGCCCCAUGGAUUCAGAAGAGAAGGCUUGCUUAUGCAAAAUCUAAAUAUUUUUCGUCAACCAUUUUGAAACACUUGCACAGGCGUGCACUUGGGAGGCUCCUGGACCCCAAUGGUCAACCUGACGAAAGUAUUAUAGGAAAAUUGUUUCAUUUAAUUGAUGAAGACAAGGAUGCACACAUUUCCCAUGCAGAAUUGAGGGCAUUUUUUAUUGGUCUCCAGUUUGAUCACAUAGAUCUGAGAACGGAUGCACCUACACUAGCUGCAAUCAAAACAAUGGAGGAGUUUGAUUCUUCUCAUGAUAACCAGCUUGAUUACAAAGAAUUCUUUGAGGGUCUCUCACGUUGGCUUCAUCAAGCAAAGGGAGUCAUUCCCUUUGGUCAUGGCUCAUCAAAUUUUUUUGACAGAUUCCACCAGCAUGCUGCUAAUGAAGUGUCAGCUCUGGGUGAUGAGGGUGAUGAGGCAACUGAAAGUUUUGACAACUACCCAAAGGUGCUUUUGAAAGCUGGAGGACUAUUGGUACUAGGCACUGUUAUUGCUGCCAUAUUUGCAGAUCCUCUUGUGGAUGCUGUUGAUAAUUUCUCCUCUGCAACAAGCAUACCUUCUUUCUUCAUUUCCUUCAUUGCAAUGCCCUUGGCUACAAACUCCAGUGAAGCUGUGUCAGCACUAAUCUUUGCCAGCCGGAAGACGCAAAGAACUGCUUCUUUGACAUUUUCUGAGAUCUACGGUGCAGUUACCAUGAAUAACCUUUUGUGCUUGGCGGUCUUCCUAGCACUUGUAUAUAUUCGAGGUUUAACCUGGGAUUUCACUGCUGAGGUGCUCAUUAUUCUCAUUGUUGUGAUAAUAAUGGGCCUUUUUGCGAGCUUCCGUACUAAAUUCCCACUUUGGACAUGUUACGUUGCGUAUCUCUUCUACCCGCUGUCAUUGGUGUUGGUAUAUGUUUUUGACUAUGUUCUGGGCUGGUCAUAAGUGGUUCGUUCUUUUGUUAUAUUUGGAACGAGGGGCUAAAUAGUUUUGUUUUGAAUAAGAGUGAUCCGUGUGUCUGUAAUUUUAUAUUCUGAUGCAGUUGAAUGUAGUACAGAUACUAAUUUCAGUAACCUGAGAAAUCUUAGACAUGGAAUCAAUCAGAAAUCUUGAUUUUAGAA